UCCUGAUUUCUGUUUUUGAGAGUCAGUAAUUUACCUUCAUGCUUUUUGUAUCCCAUAGUUAACUCAUUACUAGUUAUUGAUUAAUUGGUCCUCAUCUCUAGUUUCCAUGUUUGGAGCUCUGAGGAAGAUGGUGGGUUUUCUAAGAUCCUUUCUAAGCAGAUGCCUCAUUUCCCUCCUCAUCCUACAGAUGACUGUGUGUAUUUCAGAACAAUUUAAGGUACUUGGACCCACUGGACCCAUUGUGGCCAUACUGGAUACAGAUGUCACACUACCCUGUCGCCUCUCCCCCUUGAUGAAUGCAGAACACAUGGAUAUCAGAUGGCUUCGCUCCCAGUUCUCUGAAGCUGUAUUUGUGUUUCAAAAUGGGAGGGAGCAAGUUGGAGAACAACUGGUGGAAUACAUAGGGAGGACAGAAUUUAUAAGAGACUUUAUUGAUGAGGGGAGGGUAGCUCUGAGGAUCUACAAUGUCAAAAUGUCAGACAAUGGAGAGUAUCAGUGCAUUUUUAAGGAAGGCGAUGCAUAUGGAAAAGCUGUUUUUGAAGUAAAAGUGGCAAGUCUAGGUUCUGCUCUUCGUUUCCACUUGGAAGGGUAUGAAAAUGGAGGAAUACGACUGGCAUGCACUGCAGAUGGAUGGUUCCCAUCACCCCAGGUGCAGUGCAGAGACAAUAGGGGAGGAAAGUUACCCUUCCUCUCUGAGACCCAGGCCCAAGACGAAGCCGGUUUCUUCCAUGUGAAGACAGUGAUUGUUGUCCAAGACAGCUCUGUUAGGAAUGUAUCCUGCUCUAUCUACAACCCCCUCCUGGCUCAGGGGAAAGUGUCAACCAUUGACAUCUCAGAAUCCUUCUUCACUAAGGCUUCUCCCUGGAAGAAAGUUCUGACUGGGAUAAUUCCUGUGGUGGUAAUUCUUGGAAUCAGUAUCUUUUUCAUCCUGAAAGAAAGGAAGAAAGUAAAGAAGUUGCUCCAGGAAAAGGAGGAGGAACAAAAAGAGAAAGAUAAUCUCAGAACAGAGCUUGAAAAAAGGAAGCAUCUCUAUGAUUCAGCCUGGAGGAAGGCCCACAUAUAUGCUGACUGGAGAAAGCAACAUUUUCAGGCAUGUUCCUCCUGGCCCCUAAGCCACGCUUUCUCCUGGACCUGUAUUGACCUUGUGCCUCUUUCUGCAGUGAAUGUGACUCUGGAUCCAGCCUCUGCUCAUCCUGGCCUCGUUCUCUCUGAGAAUAGGAAAUUCAUGAGAGUGGAAAAUGCAGGAAAGAGUGCAGAAGAAACAUUCAGUGUCCUGGGCUGGGAGCCCAUCACCUCUGGCAGACAUUACUGGGAGGUGAAGGUGGCAAUGGAGGCUCAGAAUAAAGCCACUUGGCAGCUUGGAAUUUGUAGGGAAGGUGCAAGCUGGAGUGGGUUGUUCAGAGAGUCCCCAGAAAUGAAGUUCUGGGCUGUAGGAUGCAGUGACGGGAUAUUUCGCCCAAUGACUGAUGAAUGCGUAUUGUCUCCAUCCCUGGGGAAGCCCCCAGAGCAGAUAGGCAUAUUCCUGGAUUAUGAGGCAGGAGACGUCUCAUUUUACAACAUGACAGAUGGGUCUCAUAUCUACAACUUCCCCCGAGCCUCCUUCUCUGGCCCUGUGAGCCCAUACUUUAGUAUACAGACCCUCGAUACAUCUUUCACCAUCUGUGGUGUGUCAGACAGUACUGAGAGCAUCCCUGCCCCUUCUCUGGAGACCCCAGGGACCGCCCAAGAGCAGGAAAAGUUUCUUGGUGACAAGAACAAGGCUCCGGAGGACAAAUCUACCACCAGACAGUCAUUCUCCGCCUCAUUAUAAGCCUGUCUCCCAGCAUACCAAGUAACUGAGCUCUCUGUGUCCCGUCUUCUAAAAAUCCCCCGGAUCACUCAGUUUCACCAAAACUUACUUCAAAGCCUUCAUCCUAUGAGUAGAGAACCACAUGAAAGAAAAGUCUCUUUUUGGAUUGUAGGGGGGGUAGGAGCAGGAUUAUAUAUCAUUUAAUAUAUAUCUUGGGCAGCUAGGUGGUGUAGUGGAUAGAGUGUUAGGCCUGGAAUUAGGAAGGCACUUUGUGAGUUCAAAUCUGGUCUCACUAGCUGUGUGACCCUGGGCAACUCACUUUACCUGGAUUGCCUCAGUUUCCUCAUAUGUAAAAUGAUUUGGAGAAGGAAACGGCAAAGCAUUCCAAUAUCUUUGCCAAGAAAACUCUAAAUAGGGUAACAAAAAUUGAACAUGACUGGAAAAAUGACUGAACUACUGAACUCUUGUACAUAGGCACCAAAAUAAAGUCCUUUGUUUUUAUCCUA